AUGGCCAGUUCCAGUAACGCCAAUCCGGCAGUUCCUGCCAACUCCGAUCAAUACAACCUAGCCAAAACUCAAGCUUUCUCACUAGAAAUAGAAGAGCUAAUGAAAUUGAGAGAUGAUGUUCAGGGAGAGAUAAAUAGACGUGCAAGUGAAGUGGCUCAAAGACAGAGGGAAGAGGAAGAGAGGAAAAGAAGAGAAGAUGAAGAAACUGGUUCACUUUUCGCUGCUUGGGUACCAAAGCAUUUUGCCAAGUAUGAUCGGAAAGAGGAGGAGAGAGCUUUGAAGCGCCAAAAAGGUCCAAGGUAUGGCAGUGCAACUGAGAGUAAUUCCGAGGCGGGUUCUGAUGCAGGGUUUGAAUAUCCAGUGGAGGAGGUAAAUACUAGUGAAGAAGAUUCUGAUGAUGCUGAGGAAAAUUGGAAGAUGCAGAGAGCUUCUCCUGCAGAAGAAUUUAGUAAAUCUGAUGAAGAGCUACCUGAUGUUUCCAAUGAUGAAGAUGAUGAAGAAGGUAGUGAUGAGGAGAGCUCAUUAUCUGGAGAUGGUGAUACUUCCCAUGCUUCAUCAGGCAGUAGCUGCAGUGAACGGUAUGAGGAGGACGAGGACUGGAGUUACGAUGAAGAGGACUUUUAG